CCUAGGUUUGCCCCCCCUCGUGGUCGUCGUGGGCUUCGUCCUCCUCGCGUCCUCCUCCUCGUUGCCCCUACCUUUGCCCUGCAACCACAAUCUCACACCAAAACUUGUUCCAGUCACCACCCCCUUCUACCGACCAAUCUGGUUUCUUUUUUGUUCACCUGCAUCUUUUCUUUUCCUUGUUUCCCCCCCAUCCCAUCCCCCCUUUGAUUCUGCCCAGCAUUGUCAGCAUGGCUCCGUCAGCCCAGUCUUCGCCGAAGGUCACGACCCCCCGCUCCCCCAAGAUGAUCCCGCCGUACUACCCGAGAUCACCAAGAAAUGUGUCGGCCUUUCUCUCUCCCGUUCCUCUCCCUGCCUCGAACACUCCUCAAAACCUGCUCCCGCUCGACAGCGGUUCCAACGGUGGCCCUCAACAGCCACCCCUCCAGUCGGCAUCCCCACAUCCUAUCAAGCAAUCACAGCACUCAUCCAUUGCGAAAUCCGUCAUGAGCGCGCCAGGAAUGGCACGCUCAUAUUCCGCCGGGAAGGAGUGCACCGAAUGGCUUUCACCACCAACCCAAUUGUACCCGGGGCAGGCUUUGACUGACACUCCCGCCACUACGGCGCCCAACUCGCCGCGGAUGUGAGUCUCCCUCCUUCUAUCUAUUCUUUAUACGGUGUUAUUUUUGGGGGCCGACAAAGCUGACGGUACCGGCAUCCGUUCAGCCGUGCCACCACCCUGGACAUACCUGGCUUGACAAAGUCGCGAGUCUCUCCGGAUGGUCGUAUUGCACGCCGUGACAUUGGCGCCAAGCUUGUUAUUGUUAUGGUCGGCCUUCCCGCCAGAGGGAAGAGCUAUAUUACACAGAAAGUGGCUAGAUAUCUCAAUUGGCUGCAGCACGACACCAAGAUCUUUAAUGUUGGUAACAGAAGGAGAAUUGCGGCUGGCGCGCAGGACAAUCUAGCCAAUAGCGAGCCUCUUCAUCCAACUGUGAAACCGGCCGGUCCCGCUACGCCCGCGACCCUGUUACACGGGACUGGUCUAUUCUCGCCAAAGGCUCUUUCGUCCCUGGCACACUCCGGCCCCAGCGCCGGCGGGCAUCGAAGAACUGAUUCUGUUACAUCUGUUGACAUUGAUGGAGGUGUUGAUCAGUCUGCUUCCUUUUUCGAUCCGGCAAACAAAGCGGCAGCCGAACUCAGGGAGAAAGUGGCUAUGGAAACGCUCGACGAGCUAUUAGACUACAUUCUUAAUCAGGGCGGCUCCGUCGGCAUUCUUGAUGCUACUAACUCGACGCGUGAGAGAAGAAAGGCGCUGGUUGACAGAGUGAGAGAAGUCGCUGGAAAGGAAUUAGGUGUUUUGUUUCUCGAGAGUGAAUGUCAUGAUCAACAGCUUCUCGAGGCGAAUAUGCGAUUGAAGUUGAGCGGCCCUGACUACAAGGGACAAGAUCCGGUUAAGGCGUUGGAGGAUUUCAAAAAGAGGGGUAUGUUUCCCAUUGAUAUCUCUGGAUGCGGUUUGUCGAGCUAACCGUCCUGCCCAGUCGAAAUCUACGAAAAGAAUUAUGUGCCUCUCGGCGAACACGAGGAAAGGGCUGGAAUGCAAUUCAUCAAGGUAUUUUACUUUACCAAUUUCUAUUGCCCAUUUCACAAUUCUUACUAACCGUUUGGCAGAUGAUCGACGUUGGUCGAAAGAUUGUGACCCAUCAAACUAAGGGUUUUUUGGCUGCACAAACUGUCUAUUUUUUGCUUAACUUCAACCUUGCUCAUCGCCAAAUAUGGAUCACUAGACAUGUGCGUUACUCUUGGCCGUAGCGUGUGGCAUGGUCAUUUGUUAAUUUGUAUUGCAUAUUAGGGUGAGUCACUCGACAACGUUGUGGGCAAGAUUGGAGGCAACGCUCUUCUCAGUGAGAACGGGAAAAAGUACGCCAAAACUUUGGCCCAGUUCAUGGAUGGUGAGUAUCGUACCUCUAUUCGCGACAGUUGCCGGCGGUGCUGACGGCCCCUGGUUGCAGUUGAACGCAAAAAGUUCCGUGAAAAGCAGCUCCACAAACACGAGUCCUCACACAUGCCUCCACGCCCGGGUGACACUACACCCCCUAACCCGGAGUACUCGAAUUGUUGCACUCAGGACGAGGAUGGAAGGCCGCUGGAAAAGAACUUUUGUGUAUGGACGUCCAUGCUUGCGAGGAGUACCGAGACCGCCCAAUUCUUUGACGAGGAAGAGUAUGACAUCAAAGAGAUGCGCAUGCUCAAUGAGCUCAAUGCCGGGGUAGCUGAGGGCUUGACGUAUGUUUUUCUCCCCCCAUCCCUAUUGAUCCCGGGCCCUUCUGACUCGCGCCCUAGCUACGAUGAGAUUAAGCGUCUGUAUCCCCAAGAAUACGAUCUGCGUCGUCUUGACAAACUACACUACCGUUAUCCUGGAGCCGGCGGCGAGUCUUAUUUAGACGUUAUCAACCGCCUUCGCGCUGUAAUUGUGGAAGUUGAACGGAUGACAGAUCACGUCUUGUUGAUUGGUCACCGUGUGGUUGCCAGAGUUCUGCUGGCUUACUUUCUUGGUCUUGAACGGGAAGACGUUGCCAAGCUUGAUGUUCCUCUAGGAACUAUCUACGUUCUUGAACCGGUAUGAUCCCUGAUACCUGAGAAUCCUUCCCGUGCUGACAGAAAUUCAGAAACCGUACGGCGUUGAGUUUCGCGCCUACAACUACAAUUCCGAGACUGAGUGGUUCGACUUUCAGCCCGAUUUCAAGCUAAAAAACGAAGAACAAAAAGACAUAAAAGUGAACGUUAAAGUCGCUGCGAGCACUUAAAUCUCUCAACUACCUCGUUGUCUACGCCUGCCCACUAAUAUAGGGGCGGGAUGAGUAUACGGGCUGGGCUUUGGCCUUAUUUGUGCUCACUUCUUUUCGGUUUUUUUUUCUUUCGCCUCCUCUUCCUAGCUUUCAAACUCUCCCCUUUACUUUCUUCUACCUAUGUUUUGUCCGACACUUUUUUUUUUUCCCCCUCCCAUAGUUUUGUUCUUACAUGCAAUCCGCGCCGGGAUACGUUGAUGUUUUCAGCACAGAUAUUAAGGGCAUUAGUUGUUAAUGGCUGGCUGAGAAAGUAUUUAUACAGUUUCAACCGUGCUUUCCUCUUUCUUCCCUCUCCUGUUGCCGAUUUAUUACUCCGAUAUCUACACCUCUUUUCUUUUUCUCACUGACAUAAUACUUCGGCGGUAGCAGGCGGGAAAGCAAGCAAACAGAGCAGGCGGAAUAAUCGGGAAAGCGUCGUUUCUUUUUUUUUUACCCUUUCUAGUGAUUCGGCUUUGAUUUGGACAUUUUCCUUUGCGGCAUCAAGGUUUUUUGUACUAUCCAUUACUUCUUUUUUUCCCCCUAUUUUUUUUUUCCUCUUUGAUUCUUUGAUUUUCAUCUUGCGUUUCCCUCAUUCUUGCAAUGAGAUUUGAUUUGCACUGCACAUAGUUUGGGUGUUGGAUUCGGGAGUUUAUGUUUGCUUGCCAUUUUUCCUUUUUGUUGCCUACAGGUGGGGGUGUGGUGAUUAGUUGGCUAACUUGGGUUGGAUACGGUGGUGGGAAGGGAAUGGCAUAGGCGGACGCUGGGUGGGGUGCUGUGUUUUACUAGCAACGUUAGCUUUACUUGCGAUGACUGUAUAGAUAUCAUGCCUUGCUACAUAAGUGCCCUUUUCACUCGG